AUGAAGUUAAAGACUCUGAAAGAUUCCCGAUUGUCGAUUCAGGAUCAUUCGUAUAGUUCAACGACAUUACCUGUGCAGUCCUCGCCAGCUAUUACUUCAUCAGCCGUGCCUGCACGUUCGAAAACAUCAGCUUACAGACGUAAAAUACCAGCCAUACGUGCAGAGUUUGAAACACCAGCGAAUGCUUCUAGUUCGAAGGCUCUACCUACUGCUCCAUCGUCCGCAACACCAACUGUACCUCCAACCAUUCCGUGCAGUUCAAAGCUACAUAUUGCUCCAUCGUUCACUACACCAACUGUACCUGAAAGGUAUGAAACUCCAGCCAUUCCUUGCUGUUCGAAGGCUUUACCUACUGCUCCAUCUUCCAAAACAACAACCAUACCUGUAAGUUGUAAGACACCGGUCAGUUAUACAAGAACAGAAACUGUUCCUUCAGGCUUUGAAGCUGAAACCAUACCAUUAGCAUCUACAUCUCAAACUGUUACGGCUACCGUUUAUGACCAGCAUAUCCUUUCAAACCCAUCAUCACCUCUAGAAAUCACCCCAACAAAAGAAUCUGACCUUCUCACUAAUUUGCAUCCUUUGCAGAAUGAACAUACAUUAUCGUAUAUCGUGCCCUCGAAUCAGUCUUCUGGAACAGAAAGUUCACACUACAUGCACAUUAUUGAAAAGGAGCUAAAAGCUCUUCGACAAGGCCAAGAAUAUUUGCUAACUACUUUCGAGUGUGCUAUGGAAGCUGUUGGUGCUUUAACACCAUCUACUUCUUUUAGCAUGCAACCGAUUAAAUCUAAGGAGUCGAUGGUAGAAUUUGAUACCCGACUUGCCGAACCAGAUUACAUGGCACAAGUGAUAGCGUAUUUAAAACGAACGACAGGGGAAUAUCGUCCUAUCAAUUUGAUGCACCGAUCCAUAGAUUUGCUGUUCGAUUUGGAGUUUUUCGCAUCCUGCAGUUGGAGUGGAAUAGGCAUUCCUAACCCAAAAAUCCCUUUCAAAAUUCAUACCAAUAUCCUUAAACUUUUUGGCCUACUAGGAACAACGGACGGAGUGGAGUUCCCGGAAUGGAGUAUUCGCGAGUACUUUAAAGAUAAAUUCUAUCAUGCGAAGCAAAGGUUACAGAACUACAAACGUAUUCGAACAUCAAGCCCACGUCCAUUUACUCGUUCCAAUAGGCUUAGUGCAAGAAAAAAUGCUUUAGAAAAUCAAGCAAAUCCGCAAUCCUCCUUUUCUGGGGUAUCUGGAGCACCUGAAAGCACCUAA